AUGAAGGUUAUUUCUUGUGGCUCCUUCCUUGUAGAAAAUCUGCUUGUUUCCUUAACGUAUUUGACAAAUAUACUCGUAGUAAAGAAUAUGACUACAAACCAAGAUACCGCCGCAGAACUUCUUUGGAAGGAUAUCACUUUAACUGUUCCUGAUUCGAAGGAUAGUUCAUUAAAAAACUAUAUUCUUGAUAAUAUCUCAGGACUGGUAAAGAAAGGAGAAGUGAUGGCCCUCAUGGGACCUUCUGGUUCUGGUAAGACGACACUUCUUAAUGUUUUAGCUCACAGGUCGGAUCCUAGACUGUCUCAAAGAACAGGCAACGUUUUGAUAGACGGAAAUAAUGUCACUAUGUCAAUGGUAAGAAAAUUGACAUCUUUUGUGGAGCAAGAGGAUUCACUUAUUGGAUCAUUGACUGUGGAAGAGACCUUGGAGUACAGUGCUAAGUUUAAGAACGUUCCUGCCUUCUAUAUUAAAGAUUUAGUCAUGAAGACUUUGAAAGAUGUCGGUUUGUAUGAUCAAAGAAGAUUAAAAAUAGGUACCCCAAUUCAAAAAGGAAUUUCAGGGGGACAGAAGAGAAGAGUUAGUAUUGCUUCUCAAGUUAUUUCAACACCUUCGAUUCUUUUCUUGGACGAACCCACUUCUGGGUUGGAUUCAGUUGCCGCAAAGGAAGUAAUUCAGAUGAUAAAGAGAAUCGCAAUAAAGGAAAAUAUUAUAGUCGUGUGCUCAAUACACCAGCCAUCUACUCAGACUUUCGAAACUUUUGAUAAAGUUCUUUUUUUGGCUAAGGGAAAAACUGUAUACAACGAUGAUGUGGAUAAGUUGGUCGGGUACUUCAAUUCCAUUGGGUAUGUAAUUCCGCCAUACAUGAACCCUUCGGAAUAUGUACUAGAUCUAAUUAGUACUGAGUUUUCAGGAUCACUGGAAUCAGAGGAUAAUGCUUGUUCAACUAGUGUGCUUAAAGACCUAAUUUCAAAGUGGAAUGAAAAAGGGCCGAGAAUUUUUGAAUCAACUAUCUCAAAGGAAAAAUAUUCGAUGGCUGAUUUUGACGAAAAACUGUUCUGUAAGCCCUGUGUUAGACUUAGAAACUGGAUUCUUGAAGAAUACCGACAAACAUCGAUUUUGCUCUCUCGGUCUCUUUUAAAGGCCAGAAGAGAUGUUUUCGCAUAUUAUGUCCGGAUGAUUAUGUACUUUGGUUUGGCUAUAAUGAUGGGGACUGUGUGGUUACGAUUAAACAAUGACCAAAAGAAUAUUCAGCCUUUCAUUAACGCAAUAUUUUUCUCUGGUGCUUUUAUGUCUUUUAUGUCUGUUGCUUAUAUUCCCGCAUAUCUUGAAGAUUAUAAUUCAUAUAAGAGGGAAAGAUUAAAUGGGAUGUAUGGCCCAUUUUCUUUUGUACUUUCAAGCUUUAUCAUUGGUCUCCCUUUCUUGUUUAUUAUCGCUUUGAUGUUCAGCAUUAUAACCUACUUCAUGUGCAACUUCAGGCACAGUUCCACAGGGUUUAGCUACUACGUUAUGUGGUUAUUCUUGGAUUUGGUUGCUGCUGAGUCUAUGACCACAUUUAUUGCUAGCUUAUUUCCAAACUUUGUGGUUGCCUUGGCAUUGACUGCGUUUGCUAAUGGUCUUUGGAUGUCAGUUGGUGGUUUCUUAGUUUCUCAAGAUAUCUUAAAUGUGUUCUGGUACUACACAUUUUACUGGGUUGAUUAUCAAAGAUAUGUCUUUCAAGGAAUGAUGUUUAAUGAGUUUUCAGAAAGAGCUUUCAAGUGUGAUUCUAGCUGCCACUGUAUGUACAAUUCCGAUCUUGCAGAGCAAUGCAAGAUUAGAGGAAUUGCCAUAUUACAGACUUUAGGUUACUCUUCUUACGAAAAAGGUCAAUGGAUUGGAAUUCUAGUAGCUUUGAUUUUUAUCUAUCGAAUUGGAAGCUUAAUUUCUCUUAAGCUUAAGAAAUAG